GAAAAUAACUUUGAUGAGAGUGAGAGGAAGUCUACUUGACGACGAUUCAUCACACGAAAUGAAGGGAAACACCUGCUACCCCGUGAGAGAAGAGGCGCUGACUCCAUGCCAUGCAGAGGUGAUCAUUUCCCAAUCACACGAGUCCCUACCAAACCUGCGAAUCAAUCAAGCAUCUUGCUUUUGACCAUUCUCGCGUACGUUGUGGGACAUAUUGUGGCCAAUCUCAGUCUCCUGGCGCCCAGUUAUGUAGUUUUUUGUCUACUAGUAGCGACCUUCGGCCCGUGGGCGGGUCAAGACAUCUAUCGGCUUUAUCGUUCGGAUCCUCGUAUGGAACGCACCCUUCUAUGACCACGUCAACCGCGUUACCCAAGGACUAGCCGCAAUUGAGAA